GCGAGGCCGCGUGUAGCUAGUUAGCUUACCUGUUAGCAUGCUAAGGCACAAGUGUUGAGGGUAGGGAUUAACUUGUGACAAAUUAGUAUGUCAGAUGUAGCGUUUGGCAGUUCUCUAGUCGUAUGUGUAACUAAAUAAGCGCCAACACUUGUGUACAACACGAUUCGGCUGUUUUAGUCAUGUAUGAGCAAACGCUGAUAGCUAGGCAGUUGGCCAGUUGCAGCUAGCCGAUUUGAUAGCAUAGCUAUCGUUGGCCAUAGGUGUGCUGGUCAGGGGAAAUAUUGCGGCGUGGAAUCAACAUGUGUGAAAUGUUACAUCAUUGACAACUUAUCUAGAUCUUUAAACACCACCAUAAGUUAAUUGUCAACUUCUACAUAUCACCUAACAUGUUGGCUAAUGUCAGUUACCAACGUCUUGUAAAUAGCUCAGAACUUCAAGGAAUCAUGGCCGAAACCCAGACACUUAACUUUGGACCAGAAUGGCUCCGUGCCCUGUCCGGAGGUGGUGGCGGAGGUGGUGGAAGUAGCAAUGCUAUUGCUUCUCCACCCCUUUCACCUGCAUUGCCAAAGUAUAAACUUGCAGACUAUCGCUAUGGGAGAGAAGAGAUGUUAGCACUUUAUGUAAAGGAUAACAAAAUCCCUAUAGAUCUACAUGAUAAGGAGUUUCUUCCCAUAUUGCAAGAGGACCCCCUGCCACCUCUGGCACUUGUGUCAUUUACAGAGGAAGAACAGAGAAAUUUUUCCAUGUCUGUAAACAGUGCAGCAGUAAUGAGACUGACAGGGCGAGGAGGCGGUCCAAUACCGGCACCAAGAGGCCGAAGUACCUCAAGGGGUAGAGGCAGAGGAAGAGGAGAUGGAGGGUUUUACCAAAGAAGUUUUGAUGAUGUGGAAGGUUUCGGUCGUGGAGCAAGGGAGAUGCAUCGUUCCCAGAGCUGGGAAGAAAGGGGAGACAGGAGGUUUGAAAAGCCAGGUCGAAAAGAACCAGAUGUUGUUCCAGGACAUUUUCAAAUUAAUCACAUUCGAGGAAACUACGAGGAUGCUGGGACAGGGCUGCCAAGGAAGCACGAUUUCACACGCUCGGAGAGCGAGAACUGGCGUAUGUCUCGUGAUGAACAGAAUGGUGAGGAUGAUGAUGGGGGCUGGCGUCUGGCAGGUUCUCGACGGGACAGUGCCCUGUGGUGCCCCCCCAGCCCAGAUGGGCCUCGUUCAGCAGGGUGGCGGGAAUACCCGGACCAACGUCGCCGUUUUCCAUUUGAUGCUAGAGAAGAUGAACGUGGAUACAGAAGACCACGGUCAGGCAGCGGCAGCCUGGAGGACGAGCGGGACAGCUUGCCAGAGUGGUGUCUGGAGGACGCAGAUGAAGAGGCAGGCACCUUCGACUCAUCGGGGGCCUUUCUUUCACUCAAAAAAGCCUCUAAAGAGCCAAUCCUAGAAGAGGCAGAGCUUGACUUCAGACCCCUGGAAGAGUGUGAGGAGGUCCGGGAAGAGGAAGACAGUAAGCCCAAAGAGACCAAAGAAACAGAGACAGAGGCAAAAAGAGAACUUGACCGAAAAGAGCUGGCCAGAGUGUCUGAAGAGACUCCACCUGUUGCUCCACCUGCUGCAACCCCAGUGUCAGAGCCACUGGUUCCUGCUCAAUCUUUGCCCCCGAGCCAACCUAGCAGAACAGAAGAAAUGGAGAGGACAGCUGAACGGCAGCCACCAUUGGAGCACAAUCCAGAGCCCUGCAAAGUCUCCCUGCAUGUUCCCAUGUCUAACAGCAUGCUGGACUCACUACCCAUGACCCACAUAUCUACCACUCUCCCAGAAGUAUCUGCUCCAUCUCCCAUCAUUCAGAUCCCACAACAAAAGCAUGUGGACGUUUCUGUGGCAAUAAACAAUCCUUUGCCGUUCACUUCAAGCAUAAUAGGACCUAUUGGCAGGCCCUCCGCUGUCUCACAUGACACCGAUGAAGACGAGGGACUGAAGCACUUUGAGCAGGAGGCGGAAAAGAUGGUAGCUUACCUACAAGAUGGUGUGUUGGAUGAUGACCAACUGGGGGCCAAAACAUCAGAGAAGCCCAAGCCUUCAGGUCUGCCACUCACCCAUGAAGCUGCUCUCAAGUGGUUCUACAAAGACCCCCAGGGGGAAAUACAGGGUCCAUUCAGUAACCAUGAGAUGACUGAGUGGUUUCAGGCUGGUUACUUCACCAUGUCUUUACUGGUCAAAAGAGGAUGUGAUGAAUUAUUUCAGCCUCUGGGGGAAAUCAUGAAGAUCUGGGGCAGGGUUCCAUUUACCCCAGGCCCCGCACCUCCACCUUUACAGAGUGAUGGUGAUCAAGAGAGGUUGAAGAGGCACCAGGAGCUUACUGCUCUCAAUCUUUACCAGUUACAGCAGCUCCAGUUUCAAUACCUCCUCAGGCAGCAAUAUGCUCAGGCGCUGGCCCAGCAGAAAGCUGCAAUUCUUAGCUCAGCUCCGCUUCAACAGCAGCAGCAACACCAACAGCAGAUCAACCUGCUUUUACAGCAAUACCAGGCACUCAAAAUAAGAGCGUCUGAGAGCCUCCUACCUCCUGUUACCCGGUCCCUAUCUGUCCCCGACUCUGGUUCUGUGUGGGAAAUGCAGAACUCAUCCUCUCAGGCUUCCUGUACUCCAAAUAUUCAACAAGCUGCCCCAAGUACGUGGGAUGGCAGCAGUGUGUGGGAUUUACCUAUAGACUCAAUGGCUCAGGCUCCAACCAUUGAGCAAAUGCAACAGUUAGAUAAGGCGAGGACUGCAAAGCUGGAACUGGAGAGGCGAGAGGCAGAAAUGAGAGCCAAAAGGGAAGAAGAGGAAAGGAAACGGCUGGACGAGGCUUUGAGGGCUCGCCAGGAGGAAGAACGAAAACGCUUGGAAGAGGAGGAGCUGGCAAGGCAAAAACAGGAGGAGGCUUUAAGGCGGCAGCAGGAGCAAGAGGAGGCACAGCGCAGGAAAAAAGAGGAGGAGGAGAGACUGGCACAGGAGGAGGCUCGCCGAAGAAUAGAGGAGCGGAGGAGAGAAGAGGAGGAGAAAAAGAAACGAGAAGAGUUCCUUCGCAAACAAGAGGAGGAGCGCAGAAAGCAGGAAGAACUUGAAGCACUAAGGAAGCGUGAGGAGGAGAAGCGGGCAGAGGAAGAGGCAGCUGCUGCAGCGGCAGCUGCUCUGGCCCAGCAGCAGCAGGAGGAACAAAAGAGGAGAGAGCAGGAGGCCCAAAGACAGCAGGAACUGCAGCGACAGAGGCAACAGCAACAGGAGGCCCUCAGGAGACUGCAGCAACAGCAGCAGCAGCAGCAACAGCUUGCACAGAUGAAGCUUCCAUCCUCUUCAAAGUGGGGCCAGCAAUCUGGCAACUCUGUAAACCAGACCCAUAACACCCUAUCGCUGGCUGAGAUCCAGAAAGUGGAAGAGGAGAGAGAGCGACAGGCGCGGGAGGAGCAGCGACGGCAGCAACAAGAGCUCCUGAAGCUCCAGCAGCAGCAGGCCCUGCAGCUGGCUCAACACCCUCAAAGCAAGCUCUCUGGUUGGGGAAAUGUAGCCAAGCAGGCACCCGUUACCAAGUCUUUACUGGAGAUUCAGAAGGAGGAAGCCCAACAGAUGAAACAGCGAAAGGAGCAACAGCAGCAGCAGCAACAGCAGCAACAGCCACAACAUCCCACCGUCACCCAACAGACCCGCCCUCAGAACAGAACCACAUCUCUAAACAGCUCUGUGUGGGGGUCUGUCAACACCAGCACCUGCACUAACUGGGGUUCAGACAGUAUCUGGGGGGACACUCACAACUCUAACAUGGGCUUCUGGGACGAGGCUGUGAAAGAGGCUGUUCAGCAACAGCCCCCCCCAACCAGGAAAAGUAACGCGCAGAAGAACAACAAAGGCAACGCCAACCUCAGUAAUUCUAUGGGUGGGCGUGCCAACAAGAAAGUAGAAGAGGAGGAGAAGCUGCUAAAGUUAUUCCAAGGGGUCAGUAAAAGCCAACAGGACACGUUCAUGCAGUGGUGCGAGCAAACUCUGCACACCCUCAACACAGCCAACAACCUGGAUGUUCCUACGUUUGCAGGCUUUCUGAAAGAGGUGGACUCUCCAUAUGAGGUGCAUGACUACGUCAGGGCCUAUCUGGGGGACACGCCAGAGGCCAAAGACUUUGCCAAGCAAUUUCUGGAACGUCGAGCUAAACAGAACGCUAACCAACAGAAACCGACACAGCAAAACCAACAGCAAACCCUCAAACAGCAGCAGGAUUCCGUUUGGGGUGGAACAGGAUCUUCAUCACUCUACCAGUCGAAUCACUCGAGUGGUCAGCAGCAGCAGCAGCAGCAACAGCAGCGCUUUGAAACCGUCACCUCAGGGAAGAAGAAAAAGAAGCAGAAGAUGGUCCGCGCAGACCCGAGCCUUCUAGGGUUUUCUGUAAAUGCGUCGUCUGAGAGAUUGAAUAUGGGAGAGAUUGAGACUCUGGAGGACUUUUAAGGGACUGCAGCCAAGCAGACACCACUGACUGUAUCCAGUUUGAACAGCAGCUGUGUGACCCAGACUUCCACCCAACCCCCGACUGCUUCCACCACUUUCACCUUUGUUUUCUAUUACCCUUUUAUCAGAUUUAAUCUGGUACUCCCACAAAAAUCCCAAAUUGUGAACAAACAGGGAUCACAAAGGCAGGAUGUGUGUCUUUGCUUUUGCAAAUGAAGCAGUAAUCUGAAACAAACCCUUGAGAGGAACGGACUGGAGACACUGGCCAAUGAAACAUUUAACAAGCAAUCUGGAGAAACGCUGCACAUAAUUAGGUGCUUCUUGGCAUCAGUUGCUCUGCACCCAGUAAUGUCCCAAGGUACAAAGUCACACUCUCAGCAAAUUAGACAUUUAAGUGUGGAUUCAUGGCUGGGGUUUUAUGGGAAAGCUCAGAGAAUAUAUCCAUUGUUUUUGUUUUAUUUAUUGAAAGUUUUGCCCUUAUCCUCCAACUUCCCACCUCCUUUUGCCCCUUUCUGCUGGGUGUUCAUGGAUAUUGACAGCAAGCUAGAGCUCAAGGAUUCGUGCCCACUUAUGUCCUGUUUUAAGGACAUCUUCAAAAGUUCCAAGUAGUUAUCUAUUUCUUGUAAAAUACUAGGCUGUUUAAAGAAUAAACUUUCAACUCUGCAUCUGUAUUAUAAUAUAUAAAAAUGAUCUGCAGGAGUCGUACUUUUUUAUUACGGUAUGAAAUAAUAAAACAGUCGGAUGUG